AUGCCGGUCUCCUUCGUGACCGCCAGAGCAGGGAGGCCGACGGCAGCGAAAGCAGGCGGAAACGGCGGUCGGCAUCAGAAUAUCCCCGGAGUUUCAGAUUCUCGAAACUAUCACUUUCUCAUCUCGAGAGAUAUGCUGGAUUCGAGUCACGGGAUCGCGCUCCCUGAUGCGAGCCGUCCUUCGGCGAAGCGAGCAGAGGAGGCGCGCUCGCAUAUGAACGCGACGCGAUGGAAAGCGAAAAGAGCGACGGACGCUUUGGCGUUUGUUCUCGUGAGAGUUUUCGUGGCUGGGAUGUUUUUGAUGCCAAUGUUUAGUAGUCGUGGUAGUGGUAGCAGCGGUGGUGGUAAGUAUGAUAGCGUUGGGUAUUUUGGAGCCUUGUACGCGUUCGUGUUGUCGGCGGGGAGUUUAGGUUUGGCGCGGGCGUGGGCGACGUGGAAUUGGUCGGUUUGGUCAAACGUGAGAACAGUUUUAGCGCCAUUUUCCGGGCACGGGGAUAGGAUCGUGCAAUCGUCGAGGAUUUUGUCCUGGUUGGAGAAAUCGAGGAACCAGUUUAGUGGUGGUGGUGGUGGAGUGAGCAAAGAGUCGUCGAUUUUAAGGGAGAAAAUUGUGAGCUCUCGCGCCGAUGGGAAUCACAAAGCGUUGUUGGAGAAAGUGCGAUUGGCGGCUCUUACGUUUCCGAGAUUUCACGACGACUUACACUUUCAGUUUUCGCAGGCCGGUCAGCGCAGACGGUAUUAUCGAGUGAAACGAAUCGCGUUUGAUGUCGCGAUGGACCCAAUUGUGGUUUUAUAUUCCGCGAAGAUGGUAGUCGUCGCGUUUGUAGCUCAAAUUUGUUUGAGUUGGUUUCGAUUGGCGCCGGCGACGUCUCUUUUUUCUUUGUUUUCAAAGUUUGUUCCAGGGUACGUCGUUUACGUCGCGUUUAAAAUUUGCAGGGACGUGUGCGAAUCGAUAUUGACCGAACCGUACGCGUUUCGACCGGAUACGAGAGCCGCAGGGACGGAACGCACAGCAUUGGAACCGUUGAUGAGAGCGAUGCGAGGCGAAUUCGUUUCCGAAUACGCGUUUUCGCAAAUCUUAGCGUUUGACGAUUGCUUGAAAAUUGUGAGUGGUGACGACUUCGAGUACGGGAGACUACCGUUGCUAUACAGUAGGAGCGAUGCGAUGGCAUCCGCUGCGUUUGGCGUUGUCGCGCCGGGGAGAAGACGAUUCGCCGCGGACGCGAACGCGGACGAAGACGACGAGGACGAGGACGGCGAAAAGACGCCAGAUUUCUUGGACGUUUUAUCUAUCAAGCGCGCAUUCUUAGCGUGCGCUUUAGCCCCGGCAACGGCAGUGGCGCGAGCCAUGCGUGACUUCAACGAGAAGGCUAUAGUGGCGGACUCGAGAUCGAGCGCGGGACCUCCGUCUGCUGUUUCCAUGUCCAGCGUCGGCGGCGGCGUAGUAAGAGGGGUUGACGGCUUCGAUGGCGUAGGAGGGAGCAUUGGUGGCAUGUUAAGCCUCGAAGCGAUACAAAUGCGAAAACACAGACAGUCGCAAGCGUCGAUUGCAUCCAAAAGAGCGGCACAAGCGGUGGAAGAUUACGGCGCGCUCGCUGACUUAGGGAUGGCAAUCGCCGCGGCCAUGUUUAGCAACGUGGACGAGUUUGGGGACGAAAUGUUGAACGGUAAAGGUAGUAUUGACCAUCGAAACAAUGAGAACGUUUUAGGUGAGCACGAACGACCGACGUUUAGGGACGUUGCUAUUGCGACGUGCGCGUAUCGCGAGGCGGUCAAACGCGUGAGACAGGUGACGUUCCCAGAUUCUGCGCUGACGACGACGACUUUGUCGACGCAGAGCCACUCGGAACGCGACGCGACGGAUACCGUGGCGCCACAAACAACGACGACAGCGCUGGACGGUACCGUCCAUGAACCAAUUAUCCGCCCAUCUGGUACACCAUUCCAAACUGGAUGGACGACAACAUCUGCUCGGGGAAGAAACGAAAACGUUUCCUUUUGGUCCUCCCUCGGCGGCGGCGGCGGCGGCGACGUUGGUUCCUCUGCCUCGUCCUCUCUCUACUCCACCUACCCUGCGCUCGCGCAACUUUCAGUCGCCGAAGCCGCGCGACUCCACGAGUCCUUCGCCAAUACCGUCGUCUCCAAACUCGCGUUACUCUCCCAAAAUGGCGCGUUAUUCGCUCGACCGGGCGCUCGACUCGCCUUUCUCGAGAAAGCCAUGAACAAACCGGCCUCGCCGCCCAUAUUGGGUCAAUUCAAAUCCAGACGCGGAUUGAGCAGCAUUCGUCGUCGUCCUCGUCAAUUCGGCAGCACAGAUGCAUCAUCAUCGUUUCUCGACGACGACGACGGGAAGAAUUUGGAGGAGGAGGAGUUUUACGACGACGAGGAUAACGACGAGGAGAGAGAUUUGAGGUGUUCCUACUUCGGCGACGUCGACGCGCACGAGAAAGUCCUCGCCGGCGCGGUGUCCUCCUUUAACGCGGCAGCUUAA